GGGAAAUGUCCGUAGGGGCGGACUUUUGACACUUUUGUAUUGUAAUUUGGCUGUAAAAGAAAGAAAGUUAACAAAAAAGAAAUACAAAAAGAAAAGAGGGCUCCCAAUAAUGCUGAAAUUUUUAUGCAGUGUAUGUGUAACUGUUUACUGCUCUUCUUUGCCAGCGAUUCUCCUCCUGCCUUUGUAGAUUUGGGGUUGGUGGGCCGACCCUUGCCUUCAAAUAGCAUUUUAAAAAUCACAAAAUCCUGUCCAGGGUAGCCUAAAAGAUUGGGUUGCUCUUCUGAUCUGAAACUUUCUCAAGGCCAAGGGAUAGAGCGAGAGAGGGAUAGAGAGAGAUGGCGGAGAAGCCUGAAGUUCUUGACGCUGUGUUGAAGGAAACAGUGGAUUUGGAGAAUAUACCAAUUGAAGAAGUACUUGAGAAUCUGCGAUGCACUAAAGAGGGGCUUACUAGUCAGGCCGCCCAAGAGAGGUUGGCCAUUUUUGGGCACAAUAAGCUCGAGGAGAAGAAGGAUAGCAAAUUCCUGAAGUUCUUGGGCUUUAUGUGGAAUCCGCUGUCAUGGGUUAUGGAGGCUGCAGCUAUCAUGGCCAUUGCACUUGCAAAUGGAGGAGGAAAGCCCCCGGAUUGGCAGGACUUUGUGGGUAUCAUUACUUUGCUUGUGAUAAACUCCACCAUCAGUUUCAUUGAGGAGAAUAAUGCAGGUAAUGCCGCAGCUGCUCUCAUGGCUCGUCUUGCUCCUAAAGCCAAGGUCCUACGAGAUGGAAGAUGGAGUGAGGAAGAUGCUUGCAUUUUGGUACCUGGUGACAUUGUCAGUGUCAAACUGGGAGAUAUUAUUCCAGCAGAUGCACGUCUACUUGAUGGUGAUCCUUUGAAAAUUGACCAGUCUGCAUUGACUGGUGAAUCUCUACCAGUAACUAAGGGUCCUGGAGAUGGUAUCUACUCUGGUUCUACAUGUAAACAGGGAGAGAUAGAAGCUGUGGUCAUUGCAACUGGGGUUCAUACCUUUUUCGGCAAGGCUGCACACCUUGUUGACUCUACUAACCAAGUCGGCCACUUCCAAAAGGUUUUGACUGCCAUUGGGAACUUUUGCAUUUGCUCUAUUGCCGUGGGGAUGAUUAUAGAGGUCAUUGUAAUGUAUCCAAUUCAGCACAGGAAGUAUCGCCCUGGAAUUGACAAUCUUCUUGUACUUCUUAUUGGUGGAAUCCCAAUUGCUAUGCCAACUGUUCUAUCGGUCACAAUGGCAAUCGGAUCCCAUCGUCUUGCACAGCAGGGUGCUAUUACUAAGAGGAUGACAGCUAUUGAGGAGAUGGCUGGAAUGGACGUCCUUUGCAGUGACAAGACAGGAACUCUGACCUUGAACAAGCUCACUGUUGACAAGAAUCUUAUUGAGGUUUUUGCCAAAGGAGUGGAUGCAGAUUCUGUUGUUCUAAUGGCAGCACGAGCCUCCCGGAUUGAAAACCAAGAUGCAAUCGAUGGUGCCAUUGUUGGCAUGCUGGCUGAUCCAAAGGAGGCUCGUGCUGGCAUUCAAGAAGUCCAUUUCCUUCCUUUCAAUCCCACUGACAAACGAACAGCUCUUACCUAUAUUGAUGGUCAAGGAAAAAUGCAUAGGGUCAGCAAAGGUGCACCGGAGCAGAUUUUAAAUCUUGUGCACAACAAAUCAGACAUAGAGCGCAGGGUCCAUUCAGUGAUUGAUAAGUUCGCCGAGAGGGGGUUGCGUUCACUUGGUGUUGCUUAUCAGGAGGUUCCCGACUGUCGAAAGGAGAGUGCUGGGGGGCCUUGGCAAUUCAUUGGUCUGAUGCCUUUGUUUGAUCCACCAAGGCAUGACAGUGCAGAGACCAUCAGGAGGGCUCUAAAUCUUGGAGUAAAUGUUAAAAUGAUUACUGGGGAUCAACUGGCUAUUGGUAAAGAAACUGGACGUCGAUUGGGAAUGGGAACAAAUAUGUAUCCUUCAUCUGCUUUGCUGGGUCAGAAUAAGGAUGAGUCCAUUGCUGCUUUACCAAUUGAUGAACUUAUAGAGAAAGCUGAUGGAUUUGCUGGUGUUUUUCCUGAGCACAAAUAUGAGAUAGUGAAGCGUUUACAAGCAAGAAAACACAUUUGUGGAAUGACUGGUGAUGGUGUCAAUGAUGCCCCGGCUUUGAAAAAGGCUGAUAUAGGGAUAGCUGUGGCAGAUGCCACUGAUGCAGCGCGUAGUGCUUCUGAUAUUGUUCUUACUGAGCCUGGUCUCAGUGUUAUUAUCAGUGCUGUUUUGACCAGUCGAGCAAUCUUCCAAAGAAUGAAAAACUACACGAUUUAUGCGGUUUCUAUCACAAUCCGUAUAGUGCUUGGCUUCAUGCUGCUUGCUCUGAUCUGGGAGUUCGAUUUUCCACCUUUCAUGGUGCUGAUCAUUGCAAUUCUGAAUGAUGGUACUAUAAUGACUAUUUCGAAAGAUAGGGUGAAGCCAUCUCCUCUUCCUGAUAGUUGGAAACUGGCUGAGAUAUUUGCUACUGGCAUUAUUCUUGGUGGUUACUUGGCAAUGAUGACAGUCAUAUUCUUCUGGGCAGCAUACAAAACUGACUUCUUCCCAAGAACAUUUGGUGUAGCCACUCUAGAGAAAACGGCUCAUGAUGACUUCAGGAAGCUUGCAUCUGCAAUCUACCUUCAAGUGAGCACUAUCAGCCAGGCCCUGAUAUUUGUCACAAGAUCUCGUAAUUGGUCCUUUAUUGAGCGCCCUGGUGUGUUGCUUGUGGUUGCUUUUAUCAUAGCUCAACUGGUUGCAACUCUCAUUGCUGUAUAUGCCAACUGGAGUUUCGCUGCAAUUGAAGGAAUAGGAUGGGGAUGGGCUGGCGUUAUAUGGCUCUAUAACCUUGUGUUCUAUAUACCGCUUGAUUUCAUAAAAUGCAUCACUCGUUAUGCUCUUAGCGGGAAGGCCUGGGAUUUGGUUCUUGAACAAAGGAUCGCUUUCACCCGGAAGAAGGAUUUCGGGAAAGAACAACGUGAACUGCAAUGGGCCCACGCGCAGAGAACUCUGCAUGGGCUCCAAGUUCCAGACACCAAAUUGUUUAGUGAAGCAACCAAUUUCAACGAGCUCAACCAGUUGGCCGAGGAAGCAAAGAGAAGGGCUGAAAUUGCAAGGCUGAGGGAGCUACACACAUUGAAGGGACAUGUGGAAUCGGUAGUGAAACUGAAAGGUCUUGACAUAGAGACGAUUCAGCAAGCUUAUACUGUUUGAGUGGGGAGCGUAUAGAGAGACAGAGAGAGAUAGACGGAUGGGGAGUGGUUUAGCUGGUGGUGCCUUGGCGUGUGUGAUUAGAAGAAUAAUCAUACCAUCAGUUCUUUUUCCUUGAGAAUGCCUGCCAAACUCGGCUAUGUUUUGCUCUCUUAGUGCUUCUGCUGCAUCUAUUUAUUUUUAUUAUAUGUUUUCAAUUGCCUUCUCCCUCUUGGAACCAUAUACUUUGAACAGCAUAACAGUGCUCUGAUUAGGGAGUGAGAAGCAUGACAUUGUGCCGGAGUAUAUUUUUAUUGUUAAUAUACAUCCCUAAACUCCUGAUUUUAUGCUAUUCCGUUC